UUCUUUAUUGCUUAUUUACUUGCUCCGGCUCGGAGUAAUCAUGAUGUGAGACUAAGUACGUUUCCCAGCCCCCAUUUACAGCAAACGAUAUGACAGGUGAAAGAAGUUGAUUGAUUAGGAGAGUCAGUCAGAGAUGGGGAUUAUUAUAAUAAGCGCCAACAUGGCUUGCUCUAAUUGCCGCAAGCAUAGGUGUCGCAGUGGAAAUCACCAAAAGAAACAGUCCCUCCCCACUAUUUGGUUCUGUAAUCGAAACAGACAAUCUGAAGGUAUAGAGAGUUGGAACAGUAGGGGACCUAGUGGUGAAGCUGAGUUGGGAAAAGUGAGGGAAUGUCUAAUCUUGGACCUCAAAUUUAAGGAAGUUUGAGGUGUCUUCUUGCAAGAGAGCUAGCUUGAUUGCGUUGCAUUGCAUCUGCAUGGUAUGAAGGGUCUAGAUAAAAGAAGAGAAGGGAUCAUGAAGAAGAAGAAGAGGGUGGAGGAGGAAGAUAAGGAUUCAGAGGAUUGGUGCUUCUGCUGCUAUGAUGGUGGAGAUCUUAUGAUUUGAGUAGAAAGGAGCACUACCAAACAUAAUUCAUUUAUGUUACCCACUAAAAUACUCAUCUUGGUCUUUUUCUUUGCGGACACAUUUGGUUUUGGAAAUUUUUUUUCCCUUUUGGUUUCUAGCAUUAGAGAAACCCUUUAACUUUUUUCUUUUUUUUUAUUCAUGAAUGCUAAUUCUAGUUUGGUUAAUCUUUUAUUGCAACAGAACUCAGCGUUGAAGAAAUGUGAAAAUGGACACAAGUAUGAUUUGCGCAAGCUACAACUGGAUAGUGUAGAUGUGGGAGAACCACUUAACGAUAAUGCAGCGGAGGGAGAUCAACAUCAGAACUUACAUCAAGCUGAUCCUGAGGAUAUCACAUUGCCUAAAUGUUAUGAUCCAUCAGAUGCACAUGCAGAUUUGUUCAACCCUCGCUUUGAGAGAUUUGAAAUUGAGGGAGAUAACGUAGACCUCACAUCAGGAGAGCCCACACAUAUUCGACCACCUUCUCCACCUCGUCAAGACCAGCAUCAGGAAGGACAGCAGGCUAAUAAUGUGUUUGCUGAAGUGGUGCAGAUGCAGGAUGUUCAAGAGAUUGCUCAACAGAGGCAGAGGCCUAUAAGGAGGAGAAAGAGAAAAACACCUGAAACUUCUUCACUGAAAGACUUCUUCACUGAAACUUCUGGUCAUAAUGCUCAUGGUAUUCAGGCUCUGAUGCAGGCAAUGGAACUUGAGCUUGAAGUCACAGUUAAGACUCAUGAAGUAAGAUCUGAGUAUGAGCGGCAAAUUGAAGAGCGUGCUAUGAUGGCCAAGGAAAGAACCAAGCUAAUAGAAGAACAACGUAAUUUAAGUGAUUCCUCAGAAAUAAUGUCUCCUGGUGCAAGAAAUUCAAGGAUUUUUGCACUUGAAAACAUGCUUGCUACUUCUUCUAGCACCAUGGUAUCUACGGCAUGACAAUUGUCAGAAGCAGAAGAGCGCAAGCGGGGUUUCAAUGGCAGGGGGCGUUGGAAUCAAGUUAAACAACUUCUGCAGAAAAUUAUGUACUUUAUCAAAAGUACUGAAUAAGCCAGCUACUUACAAUUGAAUGAUUAUCCUUGAUUCUGCUUUAUGGGAAAGACAAUCAUGCUAGUCAACCUUCUCGUCAACAUGGUGGUUACUUGCAUAUCCAUAUUCUGUGCACAAAAGAAAUUCUACUGUGGAGGUAUCUUUGCAAGCACUUGAGCAGGAGGUUGAGGAGCUGAGAUGCAUGCUAGCUUGCAAAUAUUUUGUCCACUACUUGAUCAUAUAUCAAAAGCUCUUGAAGAUCAGGUGAAUUUUAAGUUAGAACUUGUGAUGGUGUGUUUAAGAAUCCAUUUGUGCAGGUUGUUAACAAAGAUGCUUGACUCUCAAAUCUUGAACUAUCAACCCCCAGAAGAAUAGGUACAAAUCAAUGCAACAGUUUAUCUACUGAGAUUCAGAGAUUGAAGGACCAGAAGGUGUCAUAUUAUUUGCUUUGGAUGAAUUUUCAGGUCUCAAUGUCUUUUGAUCUAGACUCCACUUUGACUUGUGUGGUACUAAAAUAAUGAAACUGUUUCCAUAUAUAUAUAUAUUUCAAACCCUACCCUGUACACCAUUCAAAACAGAGACCAAAUUGUGAGUCUUGUGCACCAUUUGAAACAGAGUUAUUCAU